GCGGCACCUUAACAGAAGCGGCUAAAACAAUCAUUUUAUCUCGUCAUCUGAAAGAUAUGUCAUCUGUCAACAUGUGUGGGACGACAAAAGAAGUCGCCGCAUCCAAGCCGUGACCGCAUCCAGUGAAGACGGCGGUCAGAAGCAGCCUGACUCAGUAAAGUCUCAUCUUUGCACCCAGUGGAUGCAGAAAGGGUCACACCAGGAGCCAUGAGCGCGUCCGGGGACGACCCGCAGAGUUUACUUUGUUACCAGAGACCUGAUGAGGAUGUGGUAGUGGACCAGGGAGGGACCAGCUCUGUGAUGAAUGUUCAUUACGAGAAAGAGGAGCUAGAAGGACACAGGACUCUGUUUGUGGGAGUUCGGAUGCCCAGACAGAGCCAUCGGCAUCAUAGACCCCAUGGAUCCCGCCACCGUAAGAAAGAUAAAAGGGCAGGAAGCAUCACGACACAACAAAGCGAAGAAAGUGAGGCAGCUGCCAGCAGUCAUGACACACCAUCCCAGCGGGUCCAGUUCAUCCUGGGUGCAGAGGAGGAUGCUGAGCACGUUUCCCAUGAGCUGUUCACCGAGUUGGAUGAGAUCUGUGUGAAGGAUGGCAAAGAUGCAGAGUGGAAGGAAACAGCCAGGUGGUUAAAGUUUGAAGAAGAUGUGGAGGAUGGUGGAGAGAGGUGGAGCAAGCCUUAUGUGGCUACACUCUCCCUUCACAGCUUGUUUGAGCUCCGGAGCUGCAUCAUCAACGGCAGCGUUCUGCUGGACAUGCGGGCCGACUCCAUUGAGGAAAUAGCAGACAUGGUUCUGGACCACCAGGAGGCCUCGCACGAGCUGGAUGACACUGUUAGAGUUAGGGUACGUGAGGCCCUGCUCAAGAGGCACCACCACCAAAAUGAAAAGAAGAAAAACCUUAUUCCAAUCGUACGUUCCAUCACUGAGGGAGCGCGCAAACAGUCAGAGCCUCAAGUAGUAGGGUCGGCCCCGUCUCCCCAGCCUCCUCUGCCAACUGAACCAGCCAAGAACGGCGCUGGACAGGAAAACAGUCAAGUGGAUCUCAGUAAGGUUGAUCUGCAUUUUAUGAAGAAGAUUCCAGAAGGCGCAGAGGCUUCAAAUGUGCUGGUUGGAGUUUUGGACUUCCUGGAGAGACCGAUUGUUGCUUUUGUACGCCUUUCCCCUGCUGUCCUGCUCACCGGACUAACUGAGGUCCCUAUCCCCACCAGAUUCCUCUUCAUUCUCCUUGGCCCUGAUGGAAAGGCUCAGCAGUACCAUGAAAUUGGACGCUCGAUGGCAACUAUUAUGACAGAUGAGAUCUUCCACAAUGUAGCAUAUAAAGCAAAAGACAGAAGUGACCUUCUAGCAGGAAUAGACGAGUUCCUGGACCAGGUGACUGUCUUGCCCCCAGGGGAGUGGGACCCUUCCAUCCGAAUAGAGCCCCCAAAGAAUGUACCCUCUCAGGAGAAAAGGAAAACACCAGGGGUUCCUAAUGGCACAGCCUUGCAGGUAGAGGAACCGCAACAUGCUGAACACCAUGGGCCAGAGCUGCAGAGGACAGGAAGGUUGUUUGGCGGCCUCAUACUGGAUAUUAAGAGGAAAGCUCCUUUCUAUGUGAGUGACUUUAAGGAUGGCCUUAGCCUCCAGUGCGUUGCCUCUUUCCUCUUCCUCUACUGUGCCUGCAUGUCUCCUGUCAUCACCUUUGGCGGACUGCUUGGGGAGGCGACUGAAGGACGCAUUAGUGCCAUAGAGUCCUUAUUCGGUGCAUCAAUGACUGGGGUAGCCUACUCUCUGUUUGCUGGUCAGCCUCUCACCAUUCUGGGCAGCACUGGGCCUGUACUGGUUUUUGAGAAAAUACUCUUCAAAUUCUGCAAGUAUGAGUGUAUUAGCCUGCAUGGGCACUUUGUUGGGACAGCUUGUGGGCACCAUGGCCCAUUCACCCCAGAUGUUCUCUUCUGGUCCGUCAUCUUGUUCUUUUCAACGUUCUUCAUGUCGGCCUUCCUGAAAGAAUUUAAGACAAGCCGUUAUUUCCCCACCAAGAUUCGUUCCAUGAUCAGCGACUUUGCAGUGUUUCUCACAAUUGUUAUCAUGGUCCUGCUUGACUUUGUCGUUGGAGUGCCAUCCCAGAAGCUGAAGGUGCCCAGUAAAUUUCAGCCUACCAGAGAUGAUCGUGGUUGGCUCAUCAAUCCGAUCGGGCCCAACCCCUGGUGGACAACCCUAGUUGCAUCUAUACCUGCGCUCCUUUGUACCAUUCUCAUCUUCAUGGACCAACAGAUAACUGCAGUCAUUAUUAACCGAAAAGAACACAAACUACUGAAAGGCUGUGGGUACCAUCUGGACUUGCUGAUGGUAGGGUCAAUGCUGGCUGUGUGCUCCAUUAUGGGAUUGCCAUGGUUUGUGGCCGCCACCGUGUUGUCCAUUUCACACGUUAACAGCCUGAAACUGGAGUCAGAGAGCGCAGCUCCAGGAGAGCAGCCACGUUUCCUGGGCAUAAGAGAGCAGAGGCUCACAGGCCUGGUUAUCUUCUUGCUCAUGGGCUGCUCCGUUUUCAUGACAGGAGCUCUGCAGUUUAUUCCUAUGCCUGUCCUCUAUGGAGUUUUUCUUUACAUGGGAGCAUCAUCUUUGAAAGGAAUUCAGUUCUUUGACCGCCUAAAGCUUUUUGGUAUGCCGGCAAAGCAUCAGCCAGACUUCAUCUAUCUGAGACAUGUUCCUUUGAGAAAGGUACACCUGUUCACUAUCACUCAGCUCACCUGUCUGGUGCUCCUCUGGGUCAUCAAGACCUCUCCUGCUGCAAUCAUCUUCCCCAUGAUGGUCCUGGCUCUAGUUUUUAUCCGUAAGCUGCUGGACUUGUGCUUCUCUAAACGAGAACUGAGCUAUCUGGAUGACUUGAUGCCUGAGUGGAAAAAGAAGAAUCUGGAUGACGCUUCCAAAACGUUGGAGGAGGAAUCGCAAGAAAUGCUCAGCUUGAAGAAACUUGAUUCAGCUUCUGUUCAGAUUCCCAUGGAGAGCAGCAGAGUUGUUCAUAAAGCACAUGAUCCCAAGUGUGAUCCCUCUGAUAUUAACAUAUCUGAUGAAAUGUCUAAAACCACUGUGUGGAAAUCCCUGAACUCCAAUCAGAAAGACAUUCGUCCUGUGGCUGCUAAAAAGGAUUGAAGGGAUUGCAUUCAUUGAUGAGUAAAGAAAUCCAGCUGUAUCAUCUAGCUGUACUUCUGGACCAGGAGAGGCCAAUGUUGACCACUUCAACCAGAACAGCUUCUUCAGACCUAACAAUGUUAGACACAAUCAUAAAGAGAAAGUCAUUUUUGCAGUACACUCACAUGUGUACCUCUGUCUUUUUUAGGUUUGUUUCUAUAGAGUAGAGAUUCAAGUUUUGUUCACAUUAGCCAAUCCCAAUUAAUGAGAUAUACGAAAAACAUCACCAAGCAAACAAGCUGGUGUAGCCAUUUUUUCAUAAACUGAUGAUAUAUUUUCCACCUAAACUUGUAAAAACAUUCUCCUCUCUGUAUUUUAAAAUGUUCCUAAAUUCCUUCUGGCCAAAUACAGCCUAGUAAUAUAAUCAAUUUUACAUCUCUAAUAUAACGCAUAAGGCAGAGAAACAAAAAAACAGAAAAUCCUGAACAAUCGGGAAGAAGAGAAACACAAGUAAGUGGCAGAAUCAUAAUUUGCAGAAAUACACAGGAAAAGAGAAUAUUCUGUGCUUUAUUUUUGUCACAAAAAUGUAUAUGGAAAAUUAUCAGGCAAAGAAUGUUAUAUGCAUUUUACAAGAUGCAAUGUUUUUAUGAAGCAUUCUUAAGAAAAGAUGUGCUACUUCUGCUUUGAGAUGAUGACUCCACCAAUGGGAAAGAAAACAUGCCCAUCAACUAACCUUAGUAAAUAUUUUUCCUGAUGAUUCAUCACUUUCAGUAAGUAAAAUCUGUAAAAAAAAAAAAAAAUACAGAUAUUACUUAAUCAAAAGGACUGAGAUCAGUUAGCUCAUGUGAUGAAACCAAAUGCAUGUUCCCCUUAAAGCUCGCAUAUUGAGAGGUUUGUUUUCUGUUUUUUAUAAAAUAACAUUAAGAGAACCACAACAUGAGAAAUUCGACCAUAAUAUAUUAUUGUAAUAGCUGAGAAACCACAUAUAAAAACCGAUUGAUUGACUGAUCGGUGAUAGGUUGACUUAAAUUACUAUAAUUACUUCUUACUGUUAAUUUUAAAGGAAAAAACUAAGCCAGGUCUAAAGUUAGUAUGUUUUGUCUUUUAAAUCCAGCAAGUUCUGAAGCACAGAAAGGUGAGGGCUCUGCCUGCCAUUUUGACUUUAAAAGACUUGGAAAAACAAAUCUAUUAUAAAAGUAUGAUCUGAGGGCAAAGAGAGUCUUUGCAUGAUAAGAAAGUGUUUGCAUGAUAAGAAAAAAGAAUAGGAACUAACUGAAGCCCUGUCCAAGAAAUAGGAAAGGAUUUUUUUUCAAAUGCUUUAUCUGAAUUAUAGAAAGUGACACUUUCUGCAGAGUAGUUUAUUAGCCAUACAUACGUUUUUUGGAAAGUAUAUUUGAGUAAGAGGUCCUGUGGAUCGUCACAGCAAACUAUGAUGCAAGGAAGUUCCGUUAUUUACAUGAACAGGCUGGAAUCUUCCAAAUUUUCUUCCAGUAAAAUAACUGGUUCACCACCAGUUGACCUUAUAAUUGAUAUGCUUAGAUUUUAGGAAGACUGCACUCUGGAGGGCAGACAAAUCGUGAGUUUUAAAACAAUUUUCCCCCUCGUUAAAAAAUUGUUUAAAACAAAUUGGUCAUUGAUGUCUCCCAUAAUUGAUCCAAGCCAUUCAUAGAACUUAGCUCUUAUUCUCAAUAUAUUAUUUAUCUAAUCCUGUUGUGGUUUUGAUGGAACCCGGUCGCCUAUGGUAUAAAAAUUGUAAGACUUUUUAAGUUGCUUAUAGAUAUUAUAGAAAAAAUAACAGGUGUGACCUGCAAUGAAAGAAAACACUGCUGGUUAUUUGACAUUUUUUUUAAGAGUGCAAUCUUUCUUUUCAGUUAUUUUUUUUUUGUUUCUUUUAUUUUACUUAAUGGAAAAAUAGAUUCAAAGUUUUUAGACAGAAAUAUAAAUCGUAAUCCACACAAAUGAAAACAGCAACUAUUGCAUUUGUUUCUGGAUGUUCUGAAUAUUUCUACUUUGAUGAAUCAUAUUUUGACUUCAGUUUGCAUCAAUUUUAUA